CCCCGCGUCCCCCGAUCGAACCGCCGCUCGCUCGGGCCGCCAUGCGCUGGGAAGCCGUGCACCUGCCCGGCGCGCCCCGCGCGGCGCUCUCCGCCGAGCUCCGCAGCGCGCUGCUGGCGGGGGGCGCGCUGCUGCCCGCCGUCGAGGAGCGUUUGCUACUGCGAUGGCCGCCGUUGAAGCCCCGGCCGACUUCCCAAUCCGCACGGACCGCGCGUUGGCGCGCGGAGGUGAGGAGGCAGUGGCAAGGUGUGGCCCCAAGCCCAGCGCCGGCGCCGGCGCCGCCCGCGCCCGUCGGCCUUGCCUGGCAGGUGCCGUCGGAGGCGGAGGUGCCACCGGAGGUGUCGGAGGUGGUGGCCACUGAGGUCGCUGAUCCGGGGUGUGUGGAUCUCUCGCAAAGCGCAGAGCCAGGUCUGGCAAGUCUCGCUGCGCAGGCGGAGUUUGCUCGGGAGAUGGUGCAGCGCGUGCUGCGCAGGCGCACCCUGCAGAGCGGCCUGGACCGCAGCGCCUGGCCGCGCCUGCGGGUGCCGGUGGACAGCCGCGCCUGGCCGAAGGCGUGGGCGGACGCCUGGCCCGAGGCGCUGUCGCGCUGCAUUGCAGACCUACGCCCCCAGGGCCCGAGGCAGGCGGUGGAGGUGGUGGCGGUCCGAAGCAUCGAGGAGGAGCUGCGGCUGAUCUGCGGCUCCCGCGGCCAGGUGCUUGGGCGCUCGCAUGGGCAUGCGCUGCCUGCCAUUGGCAGCAUGCGAUGCCUGCAGUGGUAUGGACGCGAGCUGGCGGCUGUUGCUGAGCACCUGGGAGAGGCCUCCGGCGCUUGCUGGGUGUUGGAGUUUGCCCUGGCGCCGCCGGCAGACGACAAGGCGGCAGAAGACUUGGCGAAAUCUAUCCAGGGGCACUUAGCGCGGCCGCUCUGCGCGACCACGAGGGAGCCCCGCAUCGCUGCAGUGCACGGGGCCGUGGUGCACCGUGAGGCGGAGGUGUGGAGCCUGGGGCAGCUGGUCCCUCGCCAGGUGAGCCGCAUCUUCGCCUGGCCGCCGCGGCGGGACCUCACGCUGCCGCAGCGCGCGGUGCUGCGGGCCAAUCCAAAUGCCCAGUGGGCCCAGCCGCGGUGAGGUGACCCGCGGCGGAGCGUUUCACUGCGGAAGCCCUUCGCGAAGCGCGCGGCGAAGCCGCGGCUUCGGCGAAGCGUGCGGGCCGGAA